AUGAGUUUGUCUAGUGAAGCAAAAAAACAUUUGCAUGAAUCGUUACAACAACAGUGCCUAAAUCAAAAAUCCAUUGAAUAUAAUGAGGCUAAAAAGCUUUUUACAGGUUUAACGGAUCUUGAUUAUAAAGCUGGUCAUAAAGAACAUACAUUUUAUAAAUACUGGCUCACAUCUAAUGGCCAUGUCAGCUCUUCUGAUAAAAACGAAACAGCACUUUUAGAGGCAUACCAGCCCGAAGAGAUCCAUUCUCAAUAUAUAAUUCAGAUGGCAGGAAAAGACCUUAAAGGUUUUGUAGAAAAAGUCAUUGAAUCAGUUGGGGAACCUUAUUCCAAAUUUAUUAAUAUUGGACUUUACAAAUCACACUUUAAUCUUCGGCUCCUUGGAUCGGCCAAAGAAGGAC